CGUCUGCACAGCAAAUUAAACGACGCAACGUAACCAAUGUUUCCUUCAGCAUUAGCGAUUCCAGUCAUCUACGUUUUGCUUACCUUCAUAUUUGUUCUAUCCACAACCUUCCUCUUCCCAAAACGACAAAAAGAUGAUCAGAAACGACAACCACCAGGUCCUCCGUCCCCUCCGAUCAUCGGAAACCUCCACAAUUUGGGUGAACGUCCUCACCGAAGCCUUCAAUCUUUAGCCCAAAAAUACGGCCCAUCAUGUCGUUGAAGCUGGGACAAGUUCCAGCGAUUGUCGUUUCGUCCCCGGAAGCUGCCGAGCUGUUCCUCAAGACUCACGACACCGUUUUCGCAACCCGACCCAACAUACAAGGGUCGGAUCCUUUUUCCACCGGAGUCAAGGGACUGGCGUUUGCCCAGUACGGUCCGUACUGGAGGUAUGUGAGGAAGCUGUGUACCAUACACCUUCUAAGCGCGUCGAGAGUGGAGAUGUUUGCUCCUUUGAGGACGGAAGAGGUUGGAGCGACGGUGAAGUUGGUCCAGAGAGCCGCGGCGGCGCGUGAGGUCGUGGACCUUAGUGAUGUGGCUGGGGAACUUAUAGAGAACAUAGUGUUUAAGAUGGUUCUGGGACGUACCAAGGACAAUAGGUUUAACUUAAAAGGGUUGAUUAGGGAGGGUUUAGGGUUGGUGGGAGAAUUUAAUAUUGCCGAUUAUAUCCCCUGGCUUGGUGUGUUCGAUCCCCAGGGUUUGACACGAAAGUUGAAGAGAAACAAGAAAGCACUUCUCGACGCAGUGGAAGAGAUAGUCACAGAGCAUGAACAAGCUUCUGGUGGAGAACAAAAUGAGGACCACCACCACCACCAUCAUGACUUCAUACACAUAAUGCUUUCAUUGUUGCAUCAACCUAUGGAUCUGCAUCAGGAGGACCAAAACCAUGAAGAUGUCCUUGACAGAGCUAGCCUCAAGGCUAUUGUAUUGGACAUGAUCGCUGCAGCAACAGACACUUCCGCGGUUUUAGUCGAAUGGUCUUUAUCCGAACUCUUGAAGAAUCCAAGAGUGAUGAAGAAUCUCCAACAUGAACUCCAAAACAUUGUAGGAAUGAACAGAACUGUGCAAGAGUCUGAUUUAACAAAGCUAACUUACUUAGAUCUGAUAAUCAAGGAGACUCUUAGACUACAUCCAGUUGCUCCUCUUCUUAUUCCUCGAGAGAGUAUGGAUGAUGUCUCAAUUAAUGGAUACUAUAUAAGAAAGAAAUCAAGAAUAAUGGUGAACGUGUGGGCCAUAGGUCGAGAUCCUAAGGUAUGGUCAGACAAUGCUGAUAUGUUCUAUCCAGAAAGGUUCAUUGAUAGUAAUAUAGACAUUCGAGGGCAUGAUUUUGAAUUAUUGCCAUUUGGGUCAGGUCGCAGAGGUUGUCCUGGGAUGAAUCUGGGUAUGACUACAGUUAAAUAUGUUAUAGCUCAAUUAGUGCAUUGCUUUAGUUGGAAGCUUCCUGGUGGCAUGUCUCCUAAUGACCUGGACAUGAAUGAAAAGUUUGGCCUCUCAGUUCCAAGAGUCAAGCACUUGCUAGCUGUUCCAACUUAUCGUUUGUAUAAUUAGGUAAUUCAUGUCGUGAUUAUUGUUAAUUUCAUAUCAGUUUAAUUUUUAAGGUGCUUAUAAGUGUAUUGUUCCAUGUAAAACCCCUGAAGCAUAUAUAUAUAUAUAUAUAUAUAGAUCAA